AAUAUCACAUUACCUCUUCAUUCACAAUGUAAUUUUAUACAUCUCUAAAAAUUAUAUAUGAUCCGUUUAUGAAAUGCAGCACAAGAACAAAUUUGUAAACAUUUUCAAAGAUAAGAAAUAGUGAUUUAAAAAUAGACAUUAAUAGAGAGGAAAACUAUAUCCACAUUCACAUGCUAAAGUAAUGACAACGUAUUCCCUCGUGAUCAACGAAAAACGAUUCAACUGAACCGGGAUAAGCGUUGAACUACAACUCAACAUUUAAAAGCCAACGUUUAUCCCUGCUGCCCCUCUCGGGCAAACGUACCUACCUGUGAAAAGUACGGUUCAUGAUGGAUUCGCCCAUCCCAUAGGGAUUACGUUGCGAUUGAGACGCUAGUAUUUAGCCGCUAGCUUUGUUUACAACUUGGUGAUAAGGACUCGGCAACUAUUUUAUAACAGCCAUCGUAUCGGAAGUUUGUUGAAAAUCAAACUACUUGAAUGUUCGUGUGAAAUUAGUUCUGGAAUAUUUAUACAUGUUUUAAAGACAAACAUUGCAUAACUAAAUAAUAUCUUCUGAGGAAAACGUGAUAAAAUUAUUUGUAUGGCCUAUUCUAGUUGAAACCAUAGUUUUAUCACAUUUUGUUGACAUAAUGGCGAAUAUUUUUCAUUAUUUUUAAAGUAUCGGAGAUGGAUGAAACAAAUCCUGUCGGGUUAUUUCUGGUGACAUCUGGUAGUAAAGGAGAUCGCUUACUUUUCAGAUAUCCAUUUUGCAGUGAGAUAACAAAAGACACAGAUAACAAAAGAAGCAAAAAGUGUCCUUAUGCUUUAAUAAAUGACAACAAAGAUGAUCUGUACAUAUUUCAGGAGGAAAACUUGGAGUCAAAUGAAUGUAGCUUGUCUGGGUUUGAUGAUAAAUUAUUGUCAACCUUAUUUGCUGUAAAGCCAGAGCUCUGUGGGCAGAAAUUUGAACUGAAAAUUGAAAAUGUUCGCUUUAUCGGUCAUCCAACUUAUUUACGUCAUAUCUCAACAAGGGAGAAAACAACUAUUACAAUGUUUCAUGUUGUAUUUGCUCUUCGAGCUGAUGCAAGCUAUUCCAUUGUGGAUUGUUAUCAUGAUCUGUGUCACAGAUUCUCUAUAGCUAUUCGUCAUGAAGAAGUGCGCUGCAACUAUUUAACAUCACAAGUGAAACUUAUGCAGAGUGCUCAUGAUGAAAUAGCUGCUUUACCAGAAGGUCAUAAUGAAUCUCCUUUUCACUUAAUUCUUUCAAGAAGUGAGCUGGCUGUGCAACUUAAAAUGACAUUUGAUGAUUUAAAAAGUUGUGGCAUUGUUCACUCCAAAAUAAAUAACUGGAUAGAACUCAGUUUUUGCUUACCUAUGAAAGUCCAUAGGUUACAAGAUGAAAGGUUGCUAGUUGAGCCUGAAGAUAUAAAUGCCUGUUUGAAAGAUCUAAGGCCAUAUCAUGGCUUAUUGCUGUUGACUGAUGCUGGCGAGUUGCUGAGCUCUCUUCCCGAAGACUCUUCUCCUGCAUUAAUACGCUUGAUCAGUGUCACCAGUCCACUGAAGAACCUGCAACAAUUGGCAGCAGAUGCAGAUAUAAUUCUUUCUCAUGUUUUCCAGUUGGUCAGUCACUUGCUGUAUUGGGGUAAAGCUACCAUUAUUUAUCCUUUAUGUGAUAAUAAUGUUUACGUGAUUUCACCGUAUGCACCUACUAAUAUUUAUUCAACACUGGAAACAAAGUUUUCUGAACAGUUUCCCAACACUUUCCUCCUUGCUAUCCUCAGUCAGUUCUCCUUACCUAUCUCACUCAGUGAAUUGGACAACCCAAUGAGUUCAUCCUACCAACAAGCCCAGAGAGUGCAGAUGGUAAUUUGGAUGCUGCAGCAUAGGCUUUUGACCCAACUUCAUACUUAUGUCUAUCUCAUUCCCUCUGAAAGAGCCUCCUCCUCCAUACAAAAUGGAGAAUUGAUUGAGGAUACAACGCGAACUGCCAAAACAUUGGAAUCAUCUGAUUUGAGUAGUUCUUAUCAAAGUGAAGAAUCUCUUUUAAGUCCCUCUCAUUCCAAAGCAUCAAGUGUGUCUGAUGAAGAGGAUUUGUCCCUACGAGAGCAAGAUUCUAUCCGACAAGCCAACCUCACACCACUGGAACGGGACAGCAUUCUCAGAGAUGCCUCACACAAUAGCAAAGAUGAUCUCAAAAAUUUUAUUAGGUUUUGUCCUUACUUUAGAGGUCGUCAUCAUCUGGAAGAAAUUAUGUAUUGUGAAAACAUCAGACGGUCUCAUCUCUUGUCAUUAUUGGAUAAAUUCCGUAACAUUUUAAUAACGUGUCAAUUUGAAGAUACAGCAGUUGUGGCCUUGAAUAAGCGUCUGUGAUAAAUCCAAAAGCUUAUGUAUAUAUUCUUGUCAGUAAAUUAUCAGAUAUCAAAAUAA